AUAUGGUAUUUGAAUCAUAUCGUGAUAGUGUUUACAUAAUUAUUAUUCAAGGGUUAACGCUCUUAAAAGAAAACAAAAUAAUGAUGUAUAGAAACUAAAGUUUAAGGUUAUCAAUGCUAAUAAUUAAUUUAAUCAACGUUUUAUCUUUUUUCCAAAUUUACAGCAACAGUUCUCAAUUUAAUAGAAAAUACCAUUGUCAUAUAAUCAAUUUUUGUCAAGAUUGAAUGAGAAUUUAGUGGCAAGUCACUAUUGAAAGAUGACAUGGAAAUAGAAAUUUCAGAAGAAGAUGAUGUCCAGGAAGAUGAAGACUAUCCAAAAUUACAGCUGAAAUUGAUAAUGUUGAUGGAAUUUGGAGAGAAGCUAUCAUUCUGUGCUAUUAGAUCCAUAUUGGCAAUUUACUUAAGAAACUACCUGAGACUUGGAGAACGUCAAGCAACAAUAUUCUAUCACUUUUUCAUUAUGUUCAGCUAUAUUACACCAAUUUUCGGGGCCAUUAUUGCGGAUUCGUACUGGGGACGUUUCAAAACAAUAUUCUAUUUUGGAAGCGUUUAUUCAAUUGGAACAGCAUUUGUUUUCUUAUCAGCAAUCCCACUAUUGGAUAACAAUGCAUUAUUGUUGCUGAUACCAGGCCUCCUAAUGGUAGCCAUUGGCACAGGGGGCCUCAAACCAUGCAUCGCUAUUUUCGGAGGCGACCAAUUCUCCACAAUCUCCCAAAAACGAAAGUUCUACAACCACUACAUAUCGCUGUACUUUUGGUUGGUAAACCUGGGGACACUGUUCGGCAUGCUGGUGGUACCCCUGCUGAGGAACCUCCGCGCUUUCAACGAAGACUUGUGCUACAUGUACAGCUUUGCACUGCCUUCACUUGUCAUCACCCUAUCUGUGAUUCUGUUCAAAACUGGGGAGCCACUCUUCGUCAAGCCAGAACUGGAUCGAGAGGUUGUGGUUUUUGGAUUUUUCACAUGUUUUUUCCAAGCGAUCGGUGAAAAGAUUCGAAACCCUUUGGAGAAAUCGUCAAAGUUCCUCAAGAUACCUCCCCACAGAUACACCUCGAAACAAAUCAAAGAUAUGAAUGCAGUUUUAGGAAUUCUAGUAAUCUACAUCCCGUUGCCAGUGUUCUGGUGUUUGAACGUGCAACAAGCUUCCACGUGGACUUUCCAAGCUUCCCGUACCGACAACCAUCUCCUGGGUUACUACCUAGCACCAGACGAAAUCCAAAUUCUCAACCCCAUCCUUGUCCUACUCUGUGUUCCGAUCUUAGACAGCAUAGUUUACCCCGUGUUUGGGAACAAACUAGAACUGCUAGCUUCCCCGCUACACCGUAUGACCGCUGGUGGAUUCACAUCUUCAAAAUCGUUCUUCCUCGCCUCUCUGUUGGAAACAAAACUGAGAAGAUCCAACCCUUCCCCACCGAAACACAACAUCAGUUUCGUGAAUUUCAUGAACCUGCUGCCAUGCGCCAUACAAAUCCUGAACCCUUCCAACAGUGUACAGGUGCUACCACCUUACACCAACUUUCUAUUCAAUAAAAUACCCGUAAACAACGUGACAAACUACACUGUCGACAUAUUAUCACCGUACCAAUGUGGUGACAUUUCGUUCCAAAACCCACACCUUCGACUACCAAUAGAAGUGCACGAAAGAAACGCGAGUUCAGUGUUUAUUUUUGAAGAUGAACAGCUGAUUGUAUCCGCCAAAACUGUUUUCGACGACUUGGAGAAAUCACUGUACGGCAGAUCGAGGGUGAGAUUCAUCAUACUUGAGACCAAAGAUGUGUUGGGGAAGACUGAGCUGAACGUCACCACAAAAGAGACUAAAAGUGUGUUGAUAUACAACUACACAUCUAAUCCUCAAACUCGUAUAUCGGUUUCCAAUUUCAAGGAACUCACCCGCGGUAACUACAGCUACACGCUUCGUAAAACAAAUCUAGAUAACAACCAAUCGUUAAGUGAGUUAGUAACUGAUGAUUUCAGUGUGGAAGUGGGAGGUGUAUAUUCGUUAGUCAUCCAAAGAAACAAGACAGACAUAACCUACCAUAAGUUGACACUUAUGACACCGCCCAAUAAGGUCAGCCUAAUCUGGAUGUUGCCUCAGUACGGGUUUCUGUCAGUGGGCGAGGCACUUUUAGCUGAAUCGGCGAUAAGUUUCUCGAUAGCGCAAGCUCCCAAAUCGAUGAAAUCGGUGACAUUGGCCAUGUGGUAUUUGUCGAUAGCGCUAGGAAACCUGAUUGUUAUCAUUAUCACCGAGGUCAAGCCUUUCAGGAGUCAGAAAGCCGAAUUCCUAUUCUACACAAUCCUCGCCGUUUGCACAAUGACUUUAUUUAUGGCAAUAAUCGCACGAUACGAUUUAGAACCAGAAAAGCCUACAGCUCCGAAAAUUGCAACCUCAUAUUUGGCUGUUGACGGCACACCGUUGGUGUUUGGAGAAUCCUUGAAUGAAUAGAUUUCAACAAGUAUUUCAAUAAUAUUAUAUUACUGCAUCAAGAAUUCAGUAUUUUGUACGAAAAUAAACACUAUUUCACCAAAUCUUUGACGAUUUUUAAAAAAUAAUUGACCGAACGUAGUGAGGUCUAUGUUUUAA